AUGCGAAAAAACCCCCCAAUCCUAGGAGUGCGAAGGCUGGGCAAGGGAACGAAGGCCGUACUUAUCCUCUUCGAAGAAAGCACAGUUCCGAGGCAAGUGUACCGGUCGCCCACGCCAACGAGAUGCGUCCUGUACAAGAAAAAGUACGAGGUAUGCUAUGCGUGCGGUCGAUUGGGACCCAGAUCGGACGUGUGCCCAAACCCGGACAACAAAAAAUGCCGAAGAUGUGGCGAAGAAAACCCGCAGGAGGACCACCAAUGCGAAGCCAAAUGCCAGCUCUGCGGGAAAGAGUACCCACUUGGCGACAAGAGAUGCAAAGAGCUGUACAGAACACCGUACGAAAUCAAGAAAAAAAUCUGGGAGAAGAAGAAAGACAAGCAGGAGGAACUGAAGACCCAACAACGGCAACCCCCUGCGGACGGAGCUGAGAAACUCCUCAAGGAGGACUUCCCCAAGCUGGGAGGAAACAACCAAGGAAACUUGCUGACCCCCGGUAGUCAGGAGACCAGGGGACACAGGAGAUCGAGAUCCAGGGACCCAAAGGACCCAUGGGGCAAGGGACGAAGCAGAAGCAGGGAUCCAAGCAGAGAGCCCAAACAAGUAAGCUUUGUAGAAGGGUCCUCCCAGGCCAAAGAUGAUAAGGACAGAGAAAUAGAACAGUUAAAGAAAAAAGUAGAGGAGCUACAAGGGCUCAUAAAUAACCUUAUGAAAGCGCAAAAAGAAAAAGAGAAGGCAACAUCCCCCCCUCCCCGCACACUACCCGCACAACCCAAGCAGGUAGCCCAGCAAACCACUCCCCCUAUACCCAAGCAGCGGGAAAUGGAAGGAGAGAAAAUGAAUGAAUCAGAAACAGUCAGGAGACCCCCACUUAAACGGAAAGGAGAUAACGAAAAACAGAUAUGUGGGCAGAACUAA